GUUUGCCAUCAGAACCGUCAACGGGCGGAAUAUGUGCGAAUUCUGACAUCUCUGCCAUAGAUAGAGAGAGAUUAGAGAGUGUAAACGUUCAGAGAUCAGGAGGGAUUCCCAGUGAAUAUCAUCGUUGCCCCAGUGGAACAAGGACUCAAUCGAAUAACCAUGACAAGCUAUACAAGUCUGCCCAACAUGGAGACGGGAUUGCACGAACGCGAUCGUGCUGGAGUCCAGGACUUUGUGUUGCUGGAGAACUACCAGAGCGAGGAUGCCUUCAUUGAGAACUUGAGGAAACGCUUCCAGGAGAACUUGAUCUAUACCUAUAUUGGUCAGGUGCUUAUCUCGGUGAAUCCCUACAAGCAGCUGUCUAUUUACUCCGAUGCCCACAUCAAGGAGUACAAGAACAAGCACUUUUACGAGAUGCCUCCACAUGUUUUCGCGGUGACGGACAAUGCCUUCCGUUCGCUGAUCGAGGAGAACCGUGGCCAGUGCGUCCUCAUCUCGGGCGAGAGUGGUUCCGGCAAGACCGAGGCCUCCAAGAAGGUGCUGCAGUUCAUUGCCGCCUGCUCGGGUAAUCAAUCAACCGUGGAGGACGUCAAGGAUAAGCUGCUGAAGAGCAAUCCCGUGCUGGAGGCCUUCGGCAAUGCCAAGACCAAUCGCAACGACAACUCCUCUCGCUUCGGCAAGUAUAUGGACAUCCAGUUUGACUUCAAGGGUGCCCCAAUUGGUGGCAAUAUCCUGAACUACCUCCUGGAGAAGUCUCGCGUGGUCGCCCAGAUGGCCGGCGAGCGCAAUUUCCACAUCUUUUACCAGCUGCUGGCCGGUGCCGAUGAGACCCUGCUACAGGAGCUUCGUCUGGAGCGGGCUCUGGAUACCUAUAGCUACCUAACCGAUGGGCUCAAGGGCAGUGUGUCGAGCAUCAACGAUGCUGACAAUUUCCGACAGGUGCAGCAGGCACUCAGUGUAAUCGAUUUCACCAAGGAUGAGCAGCGCGAGAUUUUCGGCAUUGUGGCCAGUAUCCUGCAUUUGGGCAAUGUGGCAUUCAGCGAGGUAGAGGGCAAUGCCAAGGUAAACAGCCGUGAUCUGGUUGUGACCGCUGCUCGGCUCCUGGGCGUAAAUGCCGGCGAACUGGAGGCGGCACUGACCCAUCGCACCAUCGAUGCUCGUGGUGAUGUGGUGACCUCACCGCUGAACCAAGAGCUGGCCAUCUAUGCCAGGGAUGCGCUGGCCAAGGCCGUGUACGACCGUCUCUUCUCGUGGCUGGUGCAGCGCCUAAACAUCUCGCUGCAGGCGAAGGAGACUCGAGGCGCCAAGACCAAUGUGAUGGGUAUCCUGGACAUCUAUGGCUUCGAGAUCUUCCAGAAGAACAGCUUUGAGCAAUUCUGCAUUAACUUCUGCAACGAGAAGCUGCAGCAGCUUUUCAUCGAGCUGACACUGAAGUCUGAGCAGGACGAGUACCGUCGCGAGGGCAUCGAGUGGAUCCCGGUGGAGUACUUCGAUAACAAAGUGAUCUGCAAUUUAAUCGAGGAGAAGCACAAGGGUAUCAUCUCGAUUCUAGACGAGGAGUGCCUGCGGCCGGGCGAGCCCACGGACAUUACAUUCCUGGAGAAGCUCACGAACAAGCUGGCCCAGCACCAUCACUACGUUUGCCAUGAAAAGGCGCCGACCCACAUCCAGAAGAUAAUGCUCCGUGAUGAAUUCCGGUUGGUUCACUACGCUGGCGAGGUAACCUACAGCGUCCAUGGCUUCCUCGACAAGAACAAUGACUUGCUUUUCAGGGAUCUGAAGGAGACCCUCAGCAAGGCAGGUAACGGAAUUGUGAAGAGCUGCUUCCCAGAGCAAGAGCUGCGCAGCCUGAAGCGCCCAGAAACAGCCAUCACCCAGUUCCGCGCCUCGUUGAACAACCUCAUGGACAUCCUGAUGUGCAAGGAGCCAAGCUACAUUCGCUGCAUCAAGCCCAACGAUCUACAGACGCCGGGUGUGUUCAACGACCAGUUGGUGCUGCAUCAGGUUAAGUACUUGGGACUCAUGGAGAACCUGCGGGUAAGGAGAGCUGGCUUCGCCUAUCGUCGCACCUAUGAUCUCUUCCUGGAGCGCUACAAGUCACUUAGCAAGUCCACCUGGCCGAACUACAAGGGUCCGGGUGGUCCUAAGGCGGGAGUGCAGCAGCUGGUCAAGGAUUUGGGCUGGGAUGAUGAGAAGUACCGCGUGGGCGAGACAAAGCUCUUUAUUCGCUGGCCGAGGACGCUGUUCGACACGGAGGAUGCGUACCAGGCCAAGAAGCACGAUAUCGCGGCCAUAAUCCAGGCCCAUUGGAAGGGACUGAUUCAGAGAAGAAAGUACCUUAAGCUCCGCGCCCAGGUUAUCGUCCUGCAGAGCUACUGUCGUCGCAAGUUGGCCCAGCAGGCGGCCAAGCAGCGCAGGGAAGCGGCCGACAAAAUCAGGGCCUUCAUCAAGGGAUUCAUUACCCGGAACGAAGCUCCCAACGGUUUCAAUGAGGACUUCAUUGCCAAUGCCAAGCGCAUGUGGCUACUCCGGCUUGCAAAGGAACUGCCCAGAAAAGUUCUUGACAAGAGCUGGCCCCAUGCACCGGGCCACUGUCAGGAGGCCUCCGAGUAUCUGCACCGCCUGCAUCGCCUGCACCUGGCCAGGAUCUACCGCCUCAAGCUGACACCGCAGCAGAAGCGCCAGUUCGAACUGAAGGUGCUCGCCGAAAAGGUGUUCAAAAACAAGAAAAACAACUAUGCGUCGAGCGUGUCAACCUGGUUCCAGGAGGAUCGCAUCCCCAAGGAUCACAUUCAGCGAGUCAACGACUUUGUGGCCAGCACCUUUGGCAGCGAGCAACUGAAGUACCAGUCUUUCUGCACCAAGUUCGAUCGUCAUGGCUACAAGUCUCGUGAUCGCUUUAUCCUGCUGAGCAACAAAGCCAUCUAUGUCCUGGACGGCAAGACGUAUAAGCAGAAGCACCGCCUGCCGCUGGAGAAGAUCGAUUUUACGCUGACGAACCACAACGACGACCUCAUGGUCAUCCGCAUACCGCUUGAGCUGAAAAAGGACAAGGGCGACCUUAUCCUGAUCAUUCCACGCAUCAUCGAGUUUAGUACCUACAUCAUCGAUACCGUGGGCACGGCUCAGAUUGUCUCCAUUGUGGACAGGAAUUCGCUGGAGCACAACGUGGUCAAGGGCAAAGGAGGAGUCAUCGACAUUCGGACGGGCGCGGAGCCGGGCGUGGUGCGAGAUAAGGACCACCUUGUUGUUAUUGCUGGACAAUAAGAAGGAGAAUUUACUACGACUUUCUACAACAAAAAGUGGCUUUAAAUCAAACGACGUUUGUUUUGUUAUAUUCGUGUAUUUAUACUGUACUUAAUGUAUGUAUUUUUUGUUAACUCCCGCGGAAGCGAAAUAUGUAA